AUGGUUGAUGAUUUGAUUGUUAUUGAAAAUAGUCCAUAUUUUCUUUGUUAUUCAUUGUAUGAUUUUAAGGGCUUCAAAUUAAUGAAAGUUCAUGAGGAUGGAAAGAUUACAUUUGUGAAAGAUUUAGAAAAAGUAGAGAGUUCUAUUUUGAAAGAGAGUGAUUUUUUGAUAUUCCACCAAUCAAUGUUUAAACUGAAUUUAACAAGUGAAAUGUUGGAAAGUAGAUCAUCAAUUUCUUGCUUUCAAGCAAACCCAGGAAUUGUACAAGAAGGAAUGGGUGGUGUAGUUUCACCCUCUACUCAUGGUUGUCAGUUAUUGAGUUAUAAUGUUGAGGAAGGAAGUGGAAGUGUGAUAUCAUAUGGUGGGUCAUUGUUUGGUUCAAGCUUUACUUCAUCAAAAAUUAUUAGAUUUGAUUUCAGUGAUCAAUGUAAGAGUGUAACAAGAGGUUUUGAAUCCUCGUUAGAUGUAAAAGCUUCCUUUAAUUCAAGUGUUCUCAUAGCUGGUCGGUAUUUAAUCAGUUUUUGUGGAUACUAUAGAGGUAAAUUGAUUUACUCAGAAAGGAUUGGUAUAUUUGAUUGUCUUUAUAAUUGUAGGAUUGGACAUUUUACUCUUGAUUGCUCAGAGGAAGAAAAAGAAAACCUCUUACGAAUUAAUCCUCAAUCUCAUUAUCAAAUCAGAUCAGGAAAUAGGAUUUUGCUAUUUGGAGGAAUUAGGAGAUAUUUACUUUACAAUGCAAAAAAGGACAUUGGGUUCAAUGACAUUUCAUUUUUUGAAAUGAAACUUCCAACAUUUGUAUUACCUCCAUUGAAAUUCUCUAAGCUUGCCACAAAAUCAUACAAUGAUAUUAUGUUCGAAUUUUGA